AGCCAAAAACACAAAGCGCCUCCAGAACUGACUGUGGUGGAACAASGGGUUUACCGUUACCGUCUGCCAUGUGCUAUUCAGUCGUACCUCAAUCCAUCUGACUGUGCGGGACCACAUUUAUAGCUUGCAAACUUUCACGAGUAUGGUGCCUGCUCUUCACUCGUGCCGCAGCUGCCUUGACUGUGUGCUUCUUGUCUUGUUUCUAUUUUCGUUCUGUUUUGGGGGGGGGUGGUGAAGGGGAGGGUCAUUAAGUGCGCGUAAGAGUAAUGUUGGUCAUUGAUUUCCUCAUAUACCAUCAACAGGUUCCACUGUAGAUUAGUUCUUUUUCACUCACACGUUGCAUUCGCCAAAAAAGAGUCAAUACCAGAAAGAAAGAAAGAAAAAAAACUGUAUAUCUACUCCCUUCUACCAUGCAUGAUGUACCGCACGACACACGCGGCAGUCGCAGACCUCCGUUCCCUCUCAGGCUUCUCAAUCMAGAUUGUAUCAUGSGAAGAAAGACUACUCUCAAUCAUUGUACCAUUUGCAUUUAGUUACGAUUCCAACAGGACACGGGAGCACGACGGGACUAGCUCGUCGAAAACGAUGAGAAGCACCGAUUCCUCGUAUGCAACGGAGUGAUACGGUAGUUCUUCACGACGUCAUUAUGUCUGUCCAGAUGUGGNAGAACGAAAACCCGCCGCCUCAGAUGUAUCUGGACAGCGGUGCAGAUAAGUUCGGUCACAGGAGCAACCAGCAAGACUUUGAAGUUUCUGCCUUCUUCCACAUCCUCGUUCAGGUAGCCACGGUGACCGAUCUUGUCUGCGAGAAGCGGAAGAAGAAGUUCGAGGCAAGAAUAGCCUCAUGAAGAAGCCGGCCGUCGUUUGUUUGCUGGCCAUCACCCUCCUGCUGGUGGUGGCCGUGCUGCUCGUUCAGGGGAGGGACGAUCCCGAGGGCAUCCGCGAAGGAGA